AUGGACUCAGACUCAGACUCGGACUUUUAUGGAGACGACGACCAAGUGGCCGCCCUCGAGUCCAGAGCUGAUGAUUUCGACGUCAGGGCCUAUUGGCGCCAGAUUGAGCACUAUGACACGGUGCACCCAGGCCGUAGAAAGGGCGAGCCGUCCCCGACGCCGUCCUCCGCAGCCAUGACGCCCGCAGCAGCCAAACCGCCCAAGCUGCACAACCCCUACGAGGGCCAGGUCUGCGCCAAGCAGCUCGGCGAGACCAUGUCCGACUUCCUGGCACGCCUGCCGCCGGCCACGACGGACGUGACCCUCAGCAUCCCGUGGAUCUACGUCGCCAACCCCUUCAUCCCGCGCGAGGGCGGCGGCGUCGAGGAGGCACCCGUCGAGCCCGGCGCACAGCUGAGCACCUUCAUCGAGGGCGGCGGCGAGCGGCUGCAGCUGUUUGGGGACUUCCUGCGGACGGUGGACGAGAAGAAGAGGGCCGCCGGGGCCGGGCGCCUGAGCACGGCAAUGAGCAGGCAGGCCGCGGCGGAGAGGGAGGGGUGCGUGAAUGAUAUCUUGAUGCUGGCGAGGGUGAUGAAGGUUCGGACGGGCAAGUGGAUGCUCUUUGUCGAGCCGAACUCCGUCAACGAGGUCUGGGCGAGCGUGGCACAGGCGACGGCGCGCAACGAGCUCGGGAUCGCGGCCAAAGUCGCCCCGCGCGAGGAGCGAGGUUCGGCCAGGGAGCGCCUGGUGUGCAUCUACACGCACGACUUCCGCGACAAGGACGACAUCGCCCGCGUGCUGCACCGCCUGCGGCAGCUGGAGCUCGUGCGGGACCGCGCGGGUGGGAAGCCCAUCUACUACAAGGCCGAUGCGUUCACGUACCUGGGUAUCGGCUCCGGGAACCCCUGGGGGCUGAGGGCGUCGCUUUAUAGCUCGAGGGACAUCUUUGCACACCUCAGGGAGAAGGAGGGCAAGACGCCGACCAAGAAGGAGGCAGUGGUCGAAGCCAACGAGGACGGAGAGGAGGGCUGGGAGUUUUGA